AGAAAUCAUCGAGAGAGAGAGAUAUAGAGAGAGAUGGGAAAGGCACGUACAGUGGGAGUGGGAAUGGACUAUUCUCCGACGAGCAAAUUAGCUCUCCGGUGGGCGGCGGAGAAUCUCCUUGAAGACGGCGACACCGUCAUCUUGAUUCACGUCCAACCGCAAAACGCCGAUCAUACCCGCAAAAUCCUCUUCGAGGACACCGGUUCACCGCUAGUUCCUUUGGAGGAAUUUAGAGAGAUUAAUUUGUCUAAACAGUAUGGACUUGCUUACGAUCCUGAGGUUCUUGAUGUUCUUGAUACUCUCUCUAGGGCUAAAAAGGUGAAGGUUGUGGCAAAGGUGUAUUGGGGAGAUCCAAGAGAGAAACUUUGUGAUGCUGUCGAAAAUCUUAAACUCGAUUCCAUUGUUCUUGGCAGUCGAGGUUUGGGUUCUCUCAAAAGGAUCUUGCUAGGUAGUGUGAGCAAUCAUGUGGUGACAAAUGCAACAUGUCCAGUCACAGUUGUUAAGGCUAAUUAAAGUCUCUCUUGUUCUUUAAUUGGACCCAGUUAAUAACUUUAGUAGUUACGUGUGUCACUCAUGCAUUGUUUUGAUAUUUAUUAUUUUGUUGCCUUUUGCAAAUUUGUGAAACUGAUUAGUUCUGUAUCAUUAAUAAUUUCAGUUAAAUGAUAUUUACUCUUUUGUUUGUUU